AUUGGCUCCCGUGCGCUGCACGCUCCCUCCUCGCUCUCUCUUCCGGAGUCAGGAGCGAGAGGGGCGGUCGAGUGGAGAUCCAGGCCAGCUGACCGGCCCGUUUAAUUUAUCUGAAUGCCUUGUCUGUCACACUCAGCUGUGCUUCACUGAAAGACUCUUGUCAUGUUGGAUGUUGGGAAGUGGCCAUUGUUUGCCUUGCUUCCGCCACAAGACCUCCGCUCUAUUCGCCUAGCCUGUGUCUUUGGCGCAUCUGGUAAUGAAACUCUGUAUGUCACAGAAAAUGAUGAGGUAUUUGUCCUUGGGACGAACUGCAGCGGUUGCUUAGGAACUGGUGAUAUUCAAAGUACAAUACAGCCCAGGAAAAUCGACGUUUUGUGUGGCAAGAAGAUUGUUCACCUAAAUUAUGGAAGUGGACCUCACGUGGUGCUUGCAACUUCAGAUGGAGAGGUUUAUGCCUGGGGAAAUAAUGGUUACAGUCAGCUUGGCAAUGGAACAACUACUCAAGGCUUGUCUCCAUGUCAGGUUUCUACCAAUCUGCUUAACAAGAAAGUAAUCGAGGUGGCCUGUGGAUCCCAUCAUUCCAUGACAUUGACUUCUGAUGGGGAAGUUUAUGCCUGGGGUUACAAUAACUGUGGACAAGUGGGAUCAGGGUCAACUUCUAAUCAACCAACUCCACGAAGAGUGACCAGUUGCUUACAGAAUAAAUUGGUUGCUACUAUUGCUUGUGGUCAGUCAUCUUCCAUGGCAGUUUUAGAUAAUGGAGAGGUGUAUGGCUGGGGUUACAAUGGUAAUGGACAGCUUGGAUUGGGCAGUAAUGGCAAUCAACCGACGCCUUGCAGACUGGCAGCAUUACAAGGAAUACAUGUGUGUCAGAUUGUCUGUGGCUACGCUCAUGCUCUUGCACUAACAGAUGAAGGCUUGCUCUAUUCCUGGGGAGCUAACACGUACGGCCAGUUGGGCAGUGGCAUUAAAAGCAACCAAUCUUGUCCAGUCCAAAUCACGCUGGACAAGGAAAGGGUUGUGGAAAUUGCAGCCUGCCAUUCCACUCACACCUCAGCUGCUAAGACCCAAGCCGGUCAGGUGUACAUGUGGGGUCAGUGUCGGAGUCAAUCAGUCACCCUCCCAUACUUAACUCACUUUACCUGCACGGAUGAUGUGUUUGCCUGCUUUGCCACUCCAGCUGUUACGUGGCGUCUCCUAUCUGUAGAAAGUGAUAAUCAUUUGACAGUAGCACAAUCAAUGAAGAAAGAAUUUGACAGCACAGAAACUUCAGAUUUAAAGUUCCUUGUGGAUGGAAAGACUAUUCAUGCUCACAAAGCUGUUCUCAAAAUAAGGUCCCAACAUUUACGAUCCAUGCUCCAUGAUGAAGAAGUGAUUGAAAUUGACCAGUUUAGCUAUCCAGUGUACCGUGCUUUUCUAGAAUACCUCUAUACAGACUCAGUCAAUGUACUUCCUGAGGAUGCAAUAGGCCUUUUGGAUUUGGCUGCAUUUUAUGGAGAAAACAGCUUGAAGAAGCUCUGCGAGCAGACCAUUAAACAAGGUAUUUCUGUGGAGAAUGCCAUCACUUUACUCUCUGCUGCAGUAAAAAAUCAAGCAAAGGGGUUGGAAGAGUUUUGCUUUAAGUUCUGUGUCAAUCAUUUGACAGCCGUGACACAAACUCAGGGCUUUGCUGACAUGGACCAUGAGUUCCUAAAGGACUUCAUUAGCAAGGCUGGCAAGCAUGGAGCAUUUCGGAACUGAGGCAACAACUCGAACUUCCAAAGAUGACGAUGCUUUGAUUUGGAAACUGAAUAUAGCUUGUGGGGAGGAGGGUGAGGUUCUUUUUGAUGCCCCUCUACUCUAGUUUUUCCACUGUCAUCCCUUCAGCUGCCACCUUUAGUAGGAGUACACCUUCAUAGAUACUCGCUGUGGCUUAACUUUAAAUAGGCUAUUCAUUUGGUGGUUUUCCAGUUGAACUCCCUGCUUGGAAUCAUUAGAUCUACCAAGCAGUUGCUGUACUGUGAUGAUGCAGCCUGGCCUUGCCUGCUUUUCACCCUUUGCUAUAAAGCUGUUGCAGCAAUCGCAGUAAUUAAACUGAGAUCGACUAUGUAGGUAUGCUUCAUCUAUUCAUUGAGAAGGGUAAAGGCAGCCAAGAGAGUGACUCAGGCGUUACUUGCAAAUCUGUAAUUUUCAGUAUUAAUUACAAAAAAAAAAUCAGGUCACAAAAUCAGUCUCUCCAUGGGACUACUACUGAAUUGUGGCUAAAAUGCAAUGAAAACUAGGAACUAAACAUCCUUUCAGAAAUCUGCUUUGUGAUUCAUUCAGAGAUUUCACAUUAACUAGUCUAGCAGUCGUUCUCUACACAGUCUUACUACUGCUGGAAUGUCAGCUAUGAACAAUAGUUGGAUCAUUUAGAAUAAGUGCACUUUUAUGCUGUCUAUAGCAAAAGCAGAGCUUCACCUUUCCCAGUUAUAUUUCUUACACAUCAGUUUUUGUACCUCGGCUUUGAGGGAACAGCUGGAGUCCACAGUUGGAACUUUCCACCCGAUUGAUACCAACAUGUUUGAAGUGUCUGACAUUUUAAACCAGAAUAUAUUCUGGACAAAGGAGAUUUCAUUACAGUCCAGAUAUUUUAAUAAUUACCUUGGAAUAUUUCACAAAUGAAAAAUCUUCUUCAAAAAUUAGUACCCUAGCUCCUUGGAUAGACUUUGGCUCUUUCUAUUGGGUCAUUUACACUUGCUUAGUUGUGAUGAUUUGGCUUCCCAAAAUUUUGGGAGGUAUUUGUGCAGUGGGGAUAACCAGUUGCUCAUAUCACCAUUCUACUGCCUUGUGACUCAUUUUACAAUGCAUGACUAAUUAAGCUUCCUGUUUGAACUAUAUCAAAAAUUUGAGUAUCAGAUCAACUCCUUUCCCAAAGUUUCUCCCAGCACCUACCUACAUUUCAUCAGACAAGCCAGACAAACAGGAAGUCAAUCUUAAUUUCCAAGAUCAUAGUCACUUUUGCAUUCUGCAAAAGCUACUGGAAGAGAUGUACUAAAUGAGGUGUACUAUAAAAUCUAUUACUCCAAUCAAGCUCCUCUCCUUAAGUCAUCAAGCAGAAGUCUAGCCGAAUUGCAUACUUACUGGCUGCAGAUCAGUUUCUACUUUUAUGCUAAGUUUGAUUACUUUAUCAGACUUAUUUGAAGGUUUUAACAUUCAUACAGACUUGGGAGACACAACAUUACAGGCAAGCUUGCACUUUAUUUUGUUUCAAUCUUUACUCUAACUUAACCUGAUAUUAUAGGAAUUUUUUAAGUAAUUGCUAAUUUGAAAUUACCUUAAAAUUUAUCAGGUCAGGUCAACUAGACACUGAGAUGAGUAGGACUGAUAUGGAUAUUCCUCAGUUCACAUAAUAUUUCAAACUACUGUUAUGGACAGGAAACAAAAACUAAGAUGUUGAAUGACCGUUUAAUCUGUGUAUGUAUCAGGCCCCAUAAGCAAAGGUCUUAAUCAUGUUUGUCAUUAUCAGUAAGAAGCAAAUAUUGUAAAAUACUUCUAAUAGUAGUUCACUAUCAUGAAAAAAGUGGAUUUAAUGACUGGAAAAUGUAUUUAUAAUGUAGAGGACCAAAUGUUAUAAUUUUGUUGUCUUAACUGUUGCAAUGUAAAUUGUUUUGGCAUUUUAUAUAAUGGUGACUCAACCUAUGUCAAACAUUUCAUAAUUGUAACAGCAUUUGUUUUUAAAAGUUAUUUUCAAAUUUAAGAGUUCUGUAUGCUUAAAGUAUGAAGUUAGCUUUGAAAUUGGAUGUUAGUAUUAAGACUAUAUAACAUUUAAUUAAAAUGGCAAUCAAGUUCUCUGACAAAUUCAUUACCUAAAAAUA